AUGGCCUUAGAGGAGGGACCAGGAUCCUUCACCAGCAAGGCGACGGCUGGGGCCACGUGCCCCCCACGCGACUCUGUUGAGUGGCAGCCCGAUGACGGCGUUGGACACCUCAUCGAGCCCCUGAACUUCCUAACUGCAGCUAAAAGUGCGGGUGGGGGAGGGUCCACUAGUGCUGCAGAUAGAAUCAAAGGAACAACCUUUAUCUCUCGCUUAUCAGAGCAAUUCUCUGCGGUGGCUGCUCUCCUUCGACCCCAAACAAGCAGCGAGAUAGAGCCACAAGAAUCGCAUUCUGCUGGAAGUGCUUUACUGCCUAUUCAGCAGAAAGCGCACCCGCUUAAGUACCUGACGUUGGCAGCAGGGUUGCUGACGUGCAUUUGGGGAUGGCGCUCCGCGAGGUCGAUCGAACGCGUGGUUGAGCGUCGCUACGCUGACAUUGCAUACCAAAUUCGUCGGCCUGAUGCUCUAAGCGCACGUAUAAGCGCCUUCAAGUUUCUCGUCUUGGGUGGCCUUGCGCUUCCGGGAUCAGCUGUUGCCUUCGCGAGCCUGCGAGCGGAGGCUCCUCGUCGGGCUGACCAGGCAGGCGGCUCUACGGAGGCCGCUGAAGCGAAGGAAGUACCCUCUAAUGACUUUGUCCCUAGGCGAGCCGUCCUCGCGGAAAUUCUUCCGGUCACUUUACAAGCUGAUGUUCGUCGGUUGGUUGCGGCCUUCCACGGAGGUCUCUCAGAUUUUGUUGAGGCUGUUGCCCCGUCCAGAGAGAAAUGGGAGCACUGGGCAGCGGGCAGCGGACCGCUGCAUUCACUAGGUCGGAGGCGCUCACGAGGCAGUUCAGUGACGUUUGCCGCUGAGGACGCGACACCAUGCGUGGCAGCAUCAACGGCAUCUCGGGCGUCGUCCCCUACAAAUGAUAGCAGCCGCUACAAAAAAGUGUCCACUGGACCGAAGAACUCUCAACUUCCUGCGGGGACCUCCAUGAGCAAAGAGGAACCUCAGACACUGCCGACGGUAGCGGCGCCGCAGUCUUCUUCGGGCACGCCCACAACUUCGUUGCGUGUCAGCCACCGAAACUGGCAAAGCAACUGCAUGCUGCUGUACCGGCACAUCAUGUCGCAUAUCUUAGAGUGGCCGACUCUGUCUGUCCAGUGGCUGCACUCUUCCAAUCCUGCCCUCAUGGCGUUUAUUGCCAUUCUCUUCUGCGUUGCAGAUUACCAAGGCUUUGAAUUUGGCGAUGAGGACACCCGCAAGUUCACAAUUACCGCUCGAAUCCCUCAUGAAGGAGAAAGCAACAGGGCUCGCGUUUAUCAUGGCAACGACACACUUAUAGCUAGCAAGGCUAACGAUGGCUGCGUUUAUCUCUUUGACUCAUGCAAAUUUGGCCCUGCGUUCUGCAUAUCCGACGCGGAGUCUGAGGACAGCCACAGCGCUUCACAUCGAAGCCAAAUGGCCACCGACGCGGAGCUUAUUUUGACGGGCCAUUCGACUCAAGGGUGGGGCCUGGAAUGGAGUCCCACACGAGAAGGAUGGCUCGCUUCGUCAGGGGAUGAUGGCCUUGUCUGUAUUUGGGACACGCGGGCAUCCUAUGGCAAAGAUAAACGUUUAAGUCCUGUACACCGGUUGGUGGCAUCAAGCGACCGCAGAGCACUGCAGGACGUGGCGUGGAAACGCGGAGAUGGCGCGGGAGAGGUAAUUGUGGCUGUAGGUGACGAUGGGGAGCUAAACAUGUGGGACUUGCGGGCGAGCACGUUGCCGGUUCACCGGCAACCCUGUAACCAUUCAUGCGCCAACGUGGUGGCCCUGAAUCCCUUGGCCCCGAACGUGUUCGCCACUGGAGGAGCUGACGCGGGAGUGAGCGUGUGGGACUUCCGAGACUUACGCCGGCCAGCCCACAGACUGCUCUACCUAGAAAACGAAGCUCUAACAAGUCUCAGGUGGCAUCCACAAAACAAGGCAGUGAUCGCUGCAGGUACGACCGACCGCUUUGUUCGGAUUUUUGAUUGUUCAUUGAUUGGCGCUGAGCAGUCUCCGGAGGAAGCGGAGGAAGGCGCGCCUGAAGUAAUAUUUGUCCACGGCGGCCACGUUGCGGGCAUCACGGAAAUCGACUGGAACCCAUUGGGGGACAAGUUUCCAUGGGUUAUUGCAUCUGCUUCUGAGGAUAAUGUUCUACAGAUUUGGCAGCCGUCUGUAAAGGCUUUUGACGUGGAGGAGACUGACUUUAUGUGCGAUGAAGGGAGCAUGGAUGAAGAACUGCUUGACUAG